AUGUCUCUUGCUCUGAAUGCCGUCAUGCAGAGUGAAGCAGCAACAGCAGCAACCACGGGAAAUGGAGACUCUGCGUCCCAUCCUCGCUUCCACCUUGUACUAACUCGUCGCAAUAGUGUGAUCUGCCUAGAUGUCUUACGAGACGAAGACAUGGUCCGCCAUCUGCCAUGUCAGCACUAUUUCCAUUCAUCCUGCCUAGACACUUGGUACUUGCGACAACAUCAAACAUGCCCCCUCUGUAAAACACCCAUCUUCAAAGAGGCUCCGAAAAAGGUCAAGAAAGCACCGGAGUCUUCGGGGAGCGCAGUCGCCAAUGCAUCGAGUCAAUAG